AUGUAUUGGGAUUUGAGGAGGGAAUUUGGAGGUGGAAGUAGUUUGGGUGAACGAUAUGUUCCUCCGAAUUAUAACAAGGAUAUUGACUUGGUUGAUCCUCUUCAACAAUUAGCUUAUCAUUCACUCCGAUAUGAUCAUUUGGGAGGCCCUCCCUAUUAUUAUGUGAAUGAAUUAAAAAAGAGGCAAAAGCCAUCUAAUUCCGAAAUGAAUGAAAAGGAUGAAGAACAGUGGGUCGUAUUAUUGGAACAAAACAUGCAUCCGAAUAGAACUCUGGUCAAUCCAAACCAUGCUUGGGAUAUUUCUUCGAGUGCUGGUACCUUGAUGAAGAGAGUUUUUCAUUUCAACAACUUUCUUCAUCUAGUUACUGUCUUACUACAUAUUGGACUCAUAAUACCUCUCUCGACCUCAAUUUUAGGAAUUGGUGAUAAAUUAGCAAAAAAUUCAAUUAGAUCCAAUAAGGAAAACUCAUUUCUUUCCUUGGUAAGAUUUAUUACUCAAUUCCUCAUGACUGGCAAAAAGAGACAGUAG